ACUCAAUUAGCAAAAGUUAAGCUAGCCUCCACGCUGUACCACAGAAGAUCUGCGUAGGCUGGCAGCGGAACCCGAGAAGUUAGCUUCACCAAAGUGCCGCCGCUGCAGUUUUAAACAGAUGAAUUUACAGUGAAUUUAACGGUACAUUUGAAGCCCAUCAAGCAGAAGCAUCCCAACAGCCAUCACUUUGAUGCUCUUUACUGCAGAGCCUCCAGCCACUAUGGAGAAGUCCUCCAGUGUCCACCCCAGUCACCCUCCAAGAUCCAGAAUGACGCCCAGGAAGGAGAGGGGAGCCUCGGCGUCUCCCAGAAGUCACCGACAAAGGCCAUCAAAGACAGGCCGCGUACCUGAGGCAUCAUCAGCAAGGAAAGAAAAGCAACAGAAGGAGAGGCCAGAGACGAAUGAGGUGGAGCAGGAGACAGAAGUGAAGGUGAAAUCCACGGUGGUGGACAUCGAUAGUGUGAGAGAGGAUGAGGUCAAGGGGGAGAACCUUGGGCUCUUGGAAGCAGCACAGCAGGAGGACAGUCUGAAACACAGGAACUUGGGCGUGUUUGAGUGGCUGCUGAUGGUCUUCGUCUUGGCUCUGGUUCUCCUCUUCCUCCCUUUUUCCAUCUGGUUUUGUGUCAAAGUAGUGAGGGAGCAUGAGAGAGCUGUGAUCUUCAGAAUGGGGCAUCUAUUGCGUGGAAGACCCAGAGGACCAGGCCUUCUUUUCUACCUUCCUCUCCUCGAUGUGUGUCACAAGGUCGACAUCCGACUGAAAAUGCUGAAGGUUCCUGCUCACACGGUGGUGACAAAGGACUUGGUGAGGCCGGAGUUGAGUGCAGUGUGUUAUUACCAGAUAGAAAAUGUCGCCUUGUGCAGCACAGUGCUGUUCAGUCUGACCACAGCGCUGCAGACUCUGGUCCAGGCAGCCGUCCGAGAUGUUCUGUCCCAACACACAUUCAGCCACAUCCUGCUGCACAGGGCGAAGAUCGGACAGAAGAUACGAGCGGCCGUUGACUCUGUUGCUUGCCGCUGGGGCAUCAGGGUAGAGAGAGCAGACAUAGACGAGCUCAGUUUUCCUGUGGAGUUACAGCAGAGUCUGGCUGCUGAGGCUGAAGCCAAGAGACAACAGCAAGUCAGAGCAAAAGCAGCAGAAGGGGAGAGAGAUGCCUGGGAGGGGUUCAGGUCUUCCCUCCGUCUCCUCCACCCAGCCCUGGUCUUUCCACUCCCUCCAGAUCUCGUUAGCCCAACCUCUGACUUCUCAUCCCUACCACCCCCUCCUCCCCCCGCAGUCAAACCAGAUGGUGAGAUGACAGAGGAGGAUCCAGAGACAGACUCACCAAUGAUGUGACGGACUGUGGUGGGAUUGGUUGAAAUUAAUGUGAAAUGUAAAUGGUAAUUAUUAUUGAAGAGCCAAGAAGAGUGUGAGCCAGCAAAUAUCAGCUUGUGGUGGAGCUUCAGAAGAUUUCGAUCAUGUUAAAUAAAGUAAACUUCCAGCCAAAUUACUGUGUUUAUUUGUGGUUAAAAUAUGAUCUCAUAUUAAAGAUUUUUCUGACUGAUAUUGAAGUUGAGUGACG